CUCGUUCACAGAGAGAGAGAGUCGAAACCGUCUCUUUUCCGCUUACACCUUUCUCGCUCAGUAGUUAGAAGAAAAUCAAUGUUUUUUAUUUUGGUUCAAAAGAGGGUCUAUGGUAGAAAGAUAGAAAUGGUGUUUCGUGGGUUUGAUGAUAGCUAGAGAAAGGGAAUUUCUGGGUAUGAUUCUGUUAUCAUUCAAUGUCAAAUCGAUCGUUUCUUCAUUGGGAUAAUUCUACAGAGAAAUCAGAAACAGAGAUACAGAGAGGGUGUCUCUGAGAAAAGAGCCACGACUCAGAAAACAGAGCUUUCAGCUUUUUCUUCCGUCAAUUGAAUUUGGUCUUAAAGAUGAUGCACGCCAAGUCAGACUCGGAUGCCACAAGCUUAACCCCAUCAUCAUCACCCACAUCCCCAAAACGCCCCAUACCCGUAUACUAUGUACAAAGCCCCUCUCGUGACUCUCACGAUGAUGCCGAUAAAUCUUCAUCCUCAAUGCACGCCACACCAACAUAUACUAGCCCCAUGGAGUCGCCUUCGCAUUCAUCGACCUCCCUGCGCCACUCCCGGGCCUCCUCGGCCAGUCGGGUAUCUGGCAACUUGCGAUCUAAUAGGAAGAGGAAUGAUAAAGGGUGGCCUGAGUGCAAUGUGAUUGAAGAAGAGGGUGAUUAUGAUGAUUUUUAUGGGGAUAGUGGGUUUACUAGAAGGUGUCAGUGCUUGAUUGCUAUCAUGGUGUUUGGUUGCCUGUUCAGUGUGUUUUGUUUGAUCAUUUGGGGUGCUAGUAGGCCUUACAGAGCUCGCGUUUCGGUUAAGAGCCUGACAGUUAACAAUUUCUACUUGGGGGGAGGCUCGGACUUGACAGGGGUUCCAACCAGGUUGCUCACAGUAAACUGUUCGGUGAAGGUGGUUGUAUACAAUCCUGCUACUUUUUUUGGCAUUUAUGUCACCGCCAACCCUGUUAGUCUAAUGUACUCGGAGCUUACUGUUGCAACUGGUCAGUUGAAGAAACAUUACCAACCAAGAAAGAGUGAGCGGACUGUGUUUGUGAACGUGGAAGGUUAUAUGGUUCCUCUAUAUGGGGCUGGAGCAAGCUUAGCAGCACCAGACGGUGGUGUUGGGGUGCCACUAAAGUUGGAAUUUGAAAUGCAGUCACGAGGCAACCUGGUGGGAAAGUUGGUGAAGACAAAGCAUCGAAGGCAUAUCUCUUGUUCCUUAGUUAUAAACUCUAAGAACACAAAAGCUAUAGAAUUUAAGGAGAAUUCAUGUACGUAUGAAGUAUGAUUGAUCAGUUGACG